AGACAGCCUUCCCUGUGCCCGUGUUGUAUACUGCAGAGAGCAGCCACGGUUUCUUUCACGGAAACUAAACAAUGUCGAUGAUUCUAAACGAUUCAUCAGUGAUCGUAAAACUUUCUAUCAAUCAUUGACCGAGCAGAAUGGGGAAUUACGUGAGCAAGAUCGCGUCGAUGUCGAACAGUGCGAUGCACUCGGUGUACCGUGGACGUAAACGAAAGUGUAUAGAAGAGGAUGAUUUUGAUUCGGACUCGGAUUAUAUCGAUCGCACCCUUCAAACACCAAAAAAAAGGAAAUUAUUAACAACGGCACAGUACAUAUACAAAACAUUGUUCCAAGAAGAGAAAGGGAGUGACAUAACGGUGAUCAUGUUAGGGAAAGCAUGGAGAUUGCAUAAAGUUUACAUCAGUCAGAGCCCGUAUUUCGCGAGUAUGUUCUCCGGGUCUUGGAGAGAGGCAAACGAGACAGUGAUCAGCGUAGAGAUCGCAGAUCCCAACAUCACAUUGGAUUCUCUCCUCACGGUGUUCGGUUCUUUUUACCAAGACGAAGUCAGUUUGGAACCAAAGGACGUGAUAUCUAUUCUGGCUACCUCCACGUUGUUCCAGUUGCAAGGCUUGAUCGAUCAGUGCACAGACAUUAUGGUCGAGACGACGAAUAUUAAAACAGUCGUUCCUUAUUACAACGCCUCUGUAUCGUACGGUGUGCCGGUGGUAAAAACUGCGGCCAAGAGAUGGUUAGAAGUUAAUCUAUUAGGAUAUGGCUGGUUCCACUCGACGUUCUUAAAAGAGAUCACGCCUGAUUUAAUGGCAGAGUUAAUCGCUAGUCCAGAUCUGAUCGGUUUACAGACCGAGUUCUGCAUAUACAUGAUGUUACGCGUAUGGCUGUUCGUUCACAUUCACAAUAAAGAGGAAACGCUUCAGAUCGACGAGUACUUCAGAAAUCACAAAUGGACCAAACCGUUUCUCACCACGGAGGAAGGGAAAGAGUUCGCGGCGCCGUUUAAAGCGUUGAGAAUGAAGUACCUUCUGUUGCACAAUCUAGACGUGAAAAUUUUGUACAGCGACAAUUUAAUACCGCACGAGUGGCUGCACGACGCGUAUAAGGAACUCUGGUUACAUUUACUGAGAAUAGACGCGAACAAAGACCGAGGACCGAAACAGAUGAGCGAAGAGGAAUUUGCUAGGGAGUGUUUCCGUUGCGGUAGGUGCAUCGAAAAAGCCGGCGAGCACAUGUGGAGAUGGACUGCAUUUCACUUUGGCCUGGACCUGGUCGUCUGUUUAGACAGCACGACUCUCAGGAUUAAAAGGAAUCACAGAUUGGACACGGACCACAUAAAAGCCAAUCACGACAAGCACAAUAUAAUCUUGAAGAUAAGUUUAAUAUCACUGGAUGAACAACGGCAAGUGAAACACGUCCAGAGCUCCGGUAUGCUCAGGCUAUCGCUUCAUAAAAACGAAGAAAAGCAGGUGAUGUCCUUGGACAAACAGCUGACUUAUCCUUUGUACAUAUCGGUGAACAUGCAAGUAGUCACUCCGUUCGUGUCGACGGAAGAGGAGAAGUCAGCGGACAUAGUCAUAUUCUCGGAUACUUAGCGUCCGGGGUGUUGGCUAAUCUCGAAACAUUCAAACUGAACUCGACCAUGUACGCUUAUCUGAUUGUGAGAUAAUAAUCUGGCUGAUUUUUUUUUUUUUUCUAAGUCCUAUACUCGAACGAUCAAUUAUUUUAAUAUAAAUUUUGUUACUCGCCCAAGCGAAUUUCUGAUUAAAACGUAUCUUUUUUUUAAGCUUCUAGUCGACUAAACGGAACGAUAACUUUUAGUACUACAAACGCAGUUACUUACUUUUCUAACGUAACGACGUUGCGAUUUUAUUACUUACUGGCUGAUUCAAUCGGAGAUUAAAUUCGACUAGGAGGAAUUUCUACGAGCCACAGUAUUAACAUCAAUUGCUUUCACAC